AUGGAAAAAUUACAUUUGAUCAUAUUACUUGCUGAACUCGCAAUAAGUUCAUGGUGUAAUACAUUGAUGACGGAACCGGCUACUGUCACUAAGACAUUUGUAUCGAGUCAAAUGUUGUUCGCUAAUCCGGAACGAGGAUGGAGUGUACAACGAUAUUCUUAUGAUAUGUGGGGAUUGGACAUUCUUCGGAACAGUACAGAAAAAGUGUCACUAGUUCAUAUCAAUAUAGACUUGUCAGGCUACGUCAACAGUGCACAUAUUGGUCAAGUAAAAUUGAAUGAAGUUCGCACAGUGCUCAAUAGCUGUCGCACACGAGGGUUGAAAGUUAUUUUGCGUUCGGCUUAUGCAUGGACUGAAACAUUGGCUCCAGAUCCAAAGGAUAUUCAAAUCAUUAAAGCACAUGUCAUGGAUAUGCAACCAAUUUAUAACGAUUAUGAAGAUGUGAUCAUUGCGGUCGAGAUGGGUAUGUUUGGGCCAUGGGGUGAAAUGCAUUCCUCACAUCACAGUACUAUAAAUACUCAAAUGUAUUAUCCGAUUGCAAUCAGCGCACUUAAACAGGUUCAUAGCACGUAUAUGUCUGCACUUUCGACUAGACGCUCUGUACUUGUUCGUAGACCCUAUUAUAUUCGUCAAAUUUUUNCAAUUUAUAACGAUUAUGAAGAUGUGAUCAUUGCGGUCGAGAUGGGUAUGUUUGGGCCAUGGGGUGAAAUGCAUUCCUCACAUCACAGUACUAUAAAUACUCAAAUGUAUUAUCCGAUUGCAAUCAGCGCACUUAAACAGGUUCAUAGCACGUAUAUGUCUGCACUUUCGACUAGACGCUCUGUACUUGUUCGUAGACCCUAUUAUAUUCGUCAAAUUUUUAACGAUAGCAAACCACUUAUGCCUAAUGAGGCUUAUGGCAGUUCAACGAAAGCACGUACCGGCUAUCACAAUGACGCAUAUCUCAACAGCAAAGAUGACGGUGGCACAUUCUCUCACGGCUGGUCACGAGAUCAAGAACUUGCUUACAUCCAUAACAUGACUCGUUACACAUUUUUUGGUGGCGAAGCCUAUGGUACUCCAAACGGUGAAUACAACAAUGGUAAUAACGCAAUGGUGGAAUCCAAACAGCAACAUAUGACGUAUCUUCAUCGAGAUUACUAUAAACCGAUCUUUGAUGCAUGGAGUAAUUCGAUUAGAGAAGAUUUUACGCGUAAACUUGGCUACCGCUUCGAGUUAAAGAGUCUUUCUUAUUCAAAAGAAGUAGCGCCCGGUGGUAUAUUCAACUUUAUUCUGAAAGUGCAAAAUAGUGGAUUUGCAGCAAUGCAUCUGACAAGACCAGUGAAUCUGAUCCUUGACAAUGGUAAGACAGGAAGUCAAAAUAUAAGAUACCAAACUACUCUCAGCAUAGACGUUCGUACUUGGACGCCCGAAGCUGGCGUAGUAACUAUUGACCGCAAGCUACGUAUUCCGGCCACUAUCAAUCAAGGUCUUUGGCAACUAUUGCUAGCUCUGCCUGAUAGCAGUGCACAAUUACAAGAUGAUGAACGUUAUGCAGUUCGAUUCGGCAAUGAUAAUGUCUGGAAUGCUGAUGGUACAAAUCUACUAGUAAAAGAUAUUUCCAUUACAGCUUCUGCUCCUGGUUCACAUACCAAUGACGAUAUUUUUCAAGAAAUUACUAUUACUAGUACUACUACUCCUACAACAUCCAUCAGUCAAAUUAGUGCUGUGAAAAUACCAAACUCUUUAAUUCUUUCGGCUACCUAUGAUUUAGUUUAUUCUUAUCAUCAAGUUUUUAUUGAUGCCGACAAUAAUACUGCAACUGGCUAUUUUGUUAAAAGCAUAGGUGCAGACUUUCUCGUAGAAAAUAGUCGUUAUUAUGAUCAUAAAGGAAACACUGGAAGUGAUUGGUUAUGGCAACAGAUCAACGGAACAGUCACAUCUUCAAUCAAUGAUCAUCAAUAUGUUUGGCAAUUACCAUUAGCUAGUCUGAAAUUAUCGAUUACGUCAUCGAGCAAGAUAGUUUUUGCAGGUUCAAAAGACGACAAAGAAAAUUACUCUGCAGUAAUAUCUGUUACAAUAAAUAACAGCUAA